AGGUCACCUGACCAUAGAGUCGCAUAGACAUGGCGUCUUCCUUGGUGGCUGGUGAACGGUUGGUUCGCGCUUUGGGCCCCGGCGGGGAACUGGGCCCAGAGAACCUGCCCCGGAAGCUGCGGGCGGAACUUGAGGCCGCGCUGGGGGAGAACCACAAGAGCGGUGAUAGCCCCGGUGGCCCCCGACGCCUGGUUUCCUUCGGACUGAUCCGGGAUCUGCACCAGCACCUGAGAGAAAGGGACUCCACGCUAUAUCUUCACGAGCUUCUGGAAGGCAGCGAAAUCUAUCUCCCAGACGUUGUGAAGCCUCCACGGAACCCAGAGUUAGUUGCCCGGUUGGAGAAGAUUAAGAUACAGCUGGCCAAUGAGGAAUAUAAGCGAAUCACCCGUAACAUCACCUGCCAGGAUUCAAGACAUGGUGGGACUCUCAGUGACCUAGGAAAGGAAGUGAGGUCGGUGAAGGCUCUGGUCAUCACCAUCUUCAACUUCAUUGUCACAGUGGCAGCUGCGUUUGUCUGCGGCUACCUUGGAAGCCAGUAUAUCUUCACAGAAAUGGCCUCGCGGGUGCUGGCUGCCCUGAUCGUCGCUUCUGUGGUGGGUAUGGCCGAGCUGUAUGUCAUGGUACGGGCGAUGGAAGGCGAGUUGGGAGAGCUGUAACCGGUGCUUCAUCUUCAAAGUCUGGAAAAGGUUUGGGGAGCUUCAGGCUCCCAGCUUCCUGUCACUCUCAAUCAGCCGAUCAGGCACUUUGUUCUAAGCUCCAGUAAGUCAGAGGGCCAGGCCACCUGCUGUUCCUUUUGGGGAGCUCUGUCAUCCUUGAAUUUCCAGAGGGAGAAGCGGAGGGGACUUAGGCAACAACACAUCUUAAAACUGAAGGGACUGACCUGUUAGUACCGUCUCCUGAACUUGGUGUUCCACCUGCCUUCUCCAGUCCAUUCUGAGCACUGCUCGGGCUAGUUUUUUCCCGUUGGGAGUAAAUGGAAUCUAGAUCUUUCCAGAAGUAGACAUAUUGCCUUGAACUUACCCAAGUGCACAAAUCAGUUGUCAUCCUUUGUACACGUAUCCUUGAUGCAGACCUGGAAUUUAGGUCAGAAGGGUCCCAAAAAGCAGGAAGGGUCUCCUUUCCUCAGGUUGUGCUGAAAGAGGAACUGAUCAGAGGACAUGGAACAAGAGAAAGAAGGGUUGGUGCGGGAUGGUGAAACUGGAAGCAAGGCAGCUGUCUUUUCAGAAUUGUAGUUUUGAUCUUCAUCCACCUCUCCUUUCUGCUUGCCUUUUUCUGAUUUUCUACUUGCUUCCUCCAGUCUCUACGACUCACCAAUCCUCCUUCCCACCUUCCCAUCGCCCUUUGCUCUGCCUCCAAAAUUGAAAAUCCAGAUGGCAAAACAGUAUGUCUGUCUUUAACUGCAAAAUUCCCUGUGUUUUUAUAUGGGAGGAUUAUACCUACUGGGGAUUGUCUGAACUAAUAAAGAGGGCAGUUUUUUGUAGGCAGGGACUAUUUUCAGAUUUAACUGUAUGUAGUAUGAAUAUAUAUAUAUUUUUUUUUAGUAUGAAUAUACACACUGUUAUACAUAAGCCUCCCGCAGGGUAUCUUAUGUGGGUUCUUAACCAUGUUUGGGUGAAUACAAAAAAUUACAUGUAAAUGUUCAUAGUUGACGAAUUGUUUUACAUGGUUGCCUUUGGUCUUCACAAUAGUCCUGAAGGCUGGAAAAAGAAAUGAUUUAGGCCCCUUUUCCAGAAGACUAAACUGAGACUGAGAGCCAUCAAAUGACUGGUUUGUGGUCCUUCAUUUGAUAAAUCGAGUCAGGAACCCCUGGGUUGUCCCGAAGUCUCUGUAAAAAAACAGUGUUCCACUUAUAAAAACUUCCAUUAGUGCUGUGAUGAUAGAAUCUGUAUAAGGUUCUUAAAAGGUUAUCAAUAUAAGUUGUUUAUCCAGUAAAUAUUUAUUGUAUUCAGUGUAUUCUUAUUUCAAAUCCUGCGACAAAUAACACAAAGGCUUCCAUAGUUCUGAGAAUUGUACAGGGGCCGCUCCUAAUGGUUGUUGUAAGUUGUCAUCCAGUCACCUCUGACUCAUGGUGACCUCAUGUACAACAGAAUGAAAUUUUGCCCAGUCCUGCACCAUCUUCAUGAUUGUUGGUAUGCUGAAGGCCAUUGUUGCGGCCACUUUGUAUUUUGAAUGCCUUCCAACUUAGGGGGCUCUUUUUCCAGCACUAUGUUGGUGAGGUUGUCAUCCCCUCUCCCCCUCCUGCCACCUCCCGCAGCUCCUGUCUCCCCUCUUUGCACCGUUCAUUAGAAUGAGGUCUGUACCAUGUUCCAGCCCUCUACUCCCACAUACCUCUGGGGUCAGGACUACUUGUGGCUGUAGCUCUGCAUGACCUACAGGCAGCAAGCAUCUGUGGCAAUGAGCACUUCAGAUCUCCUUUAUAUGCCAGGCACUGUGCUAGCUUUCAGGGAUAGAGAGAGAAAAGAUCUAGCCCCUGCCUAGUGUGCUAGAUGGUUUCUCUCUGCAGGGGCACCAGGUUAGAAAUGGGAACUGGAUGGCCUGUUCUCCAGUUCCCAUCACAGAGAAGGGAGCUCAGUCUUCUCAGUCACCCUCUGUCUCACCAUACCAUGCUUUCUCCAGUGCGCCCUGGGUCCAGGGCUUCCCAGAGAGAGAGGGGAAUGCUUGGCAGGGAGUGAGAGGAACAAGAAGUUUGGGUCCAGUCCAGUUUCCCAUGGCCUGCGGUACGGAAAGGAAACUAGUGGUAACAUCGAGAGCCCUAAAACUGCCACACACCCUGUGAAGCGCUUUACCUACAUUGUCUCAUCUUAUCCCACACAUAGAGAUAAGCAUUACCAUCCCAUUUUCCAGGCUCACAGAGUUUUAGAGCCUUGCCAAGCUUCAGUAGCAGAGAAGCUCCACAGUGGAGGCAGCUGGAGUGUCGUGGAACCAGAGGGUCUGGGAGCAGGCAUGCCAGCAGAGGCUCCCAUCGCCCCAAGGUCUGUUGGCCAAAAUCCUUAAGUCUGCCAGUUGACUUUGCCCCUAAGCCCAGCAGAAACCUGGGUAGUAGCUCUCCACACAGGAUCUGUGUGGAACCCAGCCCUAUUUAGGGAUUAGGUGAUGGAGGUCAAUUUCAAAAGCAAAGGGCACCGUCCCCAUUUGCAGCACACAACAAUCCAGAUUAAGAUACAGAGUUGGGGUUUUAUUUGGAGAUUACAGGUGACAGUGAUCCCAGAAGCCAUUGCUGCUGUACCCGCACCCACCCCAAAUUUGUCAAGUGGUCUCUACUUGUAAAAGGAGAGAGCAGGGGAUCCAUUUCUGUGCCAGGUCCUAGGAGGGGCAGGCCUAGGGUGAGCCAGAAGAACCAGAGGAGGGUCUUGCAAGCUGUGGGCCUAGAUUAGGAGUGGUCCAGGUUAGUGAUGACAGCCGAGGCAUAGACGAGGUUAGACAGGCUGCCCGGUGAGGUCUGGGGAAUAGUUUGCUCCAAAGAAGGGUGGGCCCCUGAAGCCCCAGCCAGUCCACACUGGGCUGCAGCUUUAGCCCCUGCCCAGCCAUGCCGUGGACUCAGGCUAGGAGCUGGACAGGAGGCAUGUGUACACACGCUGAGGUGUACUGUUGGAGGUUCAAGUCUGGCCCAGUCUGUGGGGCUUCAAGGGCUUCUGGAGGGUAUCUGGGAGGGAAAAGGAGCUCUGGGGGUAGGGUGGUUCAGGCCUGGGGUUUAGGCCUUGUGGCUUCCUGUUCUUGAUUCUCUUGGCCCAGCAGUUCUGGAACCACACCUGGUAGGGAAGAAAACGGAGUCUGUUCUGGCUCUAGCAUCUCCUACCCCCAGGAACAGAGAAAGCAGAACCCAGAGGCUGGAUACCCAAGAGAAGGAGCCAUGGGACAAGCCCAGAAGCUGACUGCAGGGGUACCCCUGGCCUGAGAAGAAGUCACAGUUCAUCGGAAUCUUGCCCUCAGGGAGAUGGGUGAGCCAGGGCAGGUGCUCACGGGUGCUGAUGUCAGGAUAGGGCAGUACUGCAGACACCCAGUCCAGCUCCAGCAGCUGCCUUCUGCUGAAAGGCGUCCGCUUCCUUCGGUGGGAACCCAGUCCCCAGGCAUGACCCGAGGGCCGGUGGCAGUCAAAGCAGGCAGUCAGUUUCCUGCGGCAGCCUUCUGCUUCCACCCCCUCUCAUCCCCACUCACCUCCAACUCAAAGCCCUCAACAGACACUGAAGCCCCUCCACCCCACUCCUCUCGGACCUUCCCCCGUCACAUCCUUGCCCACCUCCCCACUCUGUCCGCCCUUUCCCCGUCAGAUCACCCUCUGUGGCUCCAUCCAUGGGGCUGGCCGUGGGGGCUGGCAGAUAAUGAAGACCCAGUGGGCCAUGCCAGGGCUGUGCCCACACCAGAUCCCUUGGUUCAGGUUUUAUCCUGCUCAGCGUGGCUGGCCCCGCCUCUGGGUGGU